AAGUUUUCAGCAUUGAAUUACGUCGACGUGACGUGAUGUCGACACGGAGCACGCGUGCGCGCUUUCGGACACGUGAAGCGGACAGCAUGGCCGAAAACACAGAUUUGGAGUUAGACCGGGCACAGGUGAAGAAAGCCAUCCAAGCCCUGCAGGCUUUCCUUAAAACGAAAGCCGGGGGAGACAAUCUUCUUCUGGACGACUCACAGCAUAUCAGUCUCCUGUUCACGCUGUGGAAGAUUCCCAAAAAAGCUCAGACUAUCCGCAUUCCUUUGCCCCACGGCCAGCGAUCCGACACAGAGGAGGUUUGUCUCUUCACAAGAGAUGAGCCCAACAUGACUUCAGAGCAGACACAGAGGUUUUACAAGAGGCUGCUGGAGGAAAGAGGAGUCAAGUACAUCACCGAGAUCAUACCAUACAAGGUUCUGAAGACAGAGUACAAACCAUACGAGGCCAAGCGCCGCCUACUGGGCAACUUCGACAUGUUCCUUUCCGAUGACCGUAUCCGUCGCCUGCUGCCAUCUCACCUCGGGAAACAUUUCUAUGAGAGAAAAAGAGAGCCGAUGUCCGUGAACCUGCAAAGUAAAAAUCUGGCCAGAGACAUCCACAGAGUGAUUCAAGGCACCAGCGUAAAAGUCAACAACAAGGGCUGCUGCUGUAUGGCGCGUGUCGGUCACUCUGGAAUGACUGUAGACGAGAUCACAGAAAACAUUGAGGCUGCAGUUAAAACGAUGAUGGCCAAACUGCUUACGAAAGGGCCGGUGAUAAAGCUGAUUCAUGUGAAGAGCCAGACGUCGGUGGCUCUGCCCAUCUACACCUCGGAGCUGAGCCACCUCACCGCGCUGGAGGAGGCGAAAACCGCUCAGGCGGCCAAGAAGAAAAAAGCUAAAGACAAAAAGCAGAAACCGAAGGACAAUUCCGAGGAGGCAAAGAAAGAAGAUACUGCUGCAGAGAAGACGGUGAACAAAAAGAAGGCAGAGGAUGAAGAGGAGGACGAAGAAAUCCCACAGCUGGUUCCCAUAGAAACACCCAGAAAGAAACCUAAAGUGGAGAAGCCGUUGAAGAAGAAGAAGCAGCAGAUGGAGAAAGCACCCAAACCCGCUGCAGUGAAGAAAGGAAGAAAAGCUCAAAAGAAACUCGCCAAGAAACCUGGAAAAAAGGACUCCAAAGUCAAAAGGAAAGUGCCAAAAGUGAAGUGAUGCGGAGUGGAACAUCAUGGACUUAAAACUACAAAUCAGAGGACCACAUUGUUGACAGUGUGAUCUGUACAUUCAGUCUGUUUUUCAUCAAUGAACCAUAUUAUAAAUUUACCUGGAGUCAG